UCCUGGAAAAGAUGGCGGCGACCUUGUGCAGCAGGUUUCUUCCAAAGCAAAGCUGGUUGCCCCUCGCACACGCUGUCCGUCACGGCUCCAAGGCCGUAACCCGCCACAGGAAGCCGGUCCACUUCCUCAAGCAGAAGCUGCUGGCUGUGACUGAAUAUGUCCCUCCCCGAAGCGAGGGCUGCGCCAGGAAUCCCCGCGUCUCACACACACAGCAAGACAGCAGGGUGGUGGCGUUCUUGAGCAAGCAAGUCAAGGCCACAUUUCAGCAGAGUAAGAUGAUUGCCGUUGUCCAGAACAACUCCACCACUGCAGAAGAUAUGCUGAUGCUCAAGCACCGACUGCGCAAGCAUGACAUUUUUGUCAAGUUCUUUCCCAACCAGGUAAUGAGAGAUUAUCUUGCAAACUCCAAGUACAGCAACAUGGAGCUUCUGUUUAUUGGUCCUACAGUCUUGUUUGUCAGCAAGGAGCCCAAGGUGAAAGAGAUGCUGCAGAUUCUGAGAGGAUCUCCACAGAUGGUAUUAAUUGGAGCCUGUGUGGAAGACACACUGAUGAGUCGACAGGGAAUACUCCAGUACUCUCAGCUUCCCUCGCUGGCUACUGUUCAGGGUCAGGUUGUCAGUGGACUGAAUGUCCUGACAUCCCAGACAGCCGCCAUGCUGCAUCGCCACCCUGCCCACCUGUCGGCCCUCCUCCAGCAGUACCUGAAACAGAGGAGUGAAGGGACUUCUGAGGUGGGAAUACCUGAAUCCCAGGAGGCUACCACAACAUAAAGGAGCCUCUGAAGACACCCACCUGGACUGCUGUUGGGCUCCACAUCUGCGUCCUAGCCGUUGGACUCUUGUCUAUAGGUUCCUGGCGACUCAUCCUUUCUAGAGUUUGAGUCAUAGAACCUGUCACUACUUUACACUGAGACACUCCCCUCCCUGGUGUUUGAGGUGUAAGUCAGAACACCACAGUGUGUUCUAGAACCUGCAGGACUGCAGCUGUAUAAUGUUUCUUGUGCCAUUGAUGAUGAGCGCAGUUUGAUCUUGUGCUUUUCAACACGUCUUGUUUACUUCCAGCGCUUGACAAUGUUACGUGUGUGUGGUUAUAAUGAAGACCUUUAAUGGAUCAAAUUAAAACGCAACAGCACAAUUUCUGUGAUCUCCCGCCAUGAUUUAUUUUGUUUGAAAUCUGUGCAUCAUUUCAAGAAAUUGUUUUUCGUGACAGGGUGUACAGCAGUGUGAAUUGGGGUCAGGGUACUGUCAUUACUACACAGUACGUUCAUAGUGUUUUUGUGAAGAGAGGAUAUUUUGGUUUUGGGAGACCCUUCUAGGCCCUGCAUGAUGAUUGUUCAAGUGACCGUCAUAAGUUUGUGAAGGCCACUUGGUGAAGAUCUAAAUGCUCCACCUUUCCCUUAUAUGAAAAUAUAAAAUGAAGCAGUCAGAGCUCAUCUCUGGACAUCAUAUCACACUGUGGUUUGUGUCCCAUAAAUCUGAGUAUAUGUGUUACUGUAAGAUUUUUUUCUUUUUUUAUAAAUUCGAAACUGUCAGGAUUGUGUUAGUA